CCUCCUCCUCCUCCCCCUCCUCCUCCUCCACUCUCCAGCUCGGCGCCGCGACCGCCUGCACAGGGGGCACAUAGACGCAUAGAGCACACAGGCCCAAUGCCUGCAGGAAACAGACGUCUACCCAUGGCCACGGUCACCGAAACCAUGACUGAAGUACGCCGUCGCCGCACCCCGACCCGUCGAUUCUCCACAAACCAGGCUGGAUCCUACAUCACUCGUUCCCUCUGCCAGUCCUUGCCCUACUCCGUAGAAGCCCUCGACCUCCCCAAUACCUCCCUGUCCCCGUCGCUCGCCUCCCUGCGCCACCACGUCCUCUCCUACCUCGCCGAGCUCGAAGCGCGCCUCUCCCAGUUCGAGUCGCCCGUCUCGCCCGAGUCGCUCAAGACAAGGGGCGAGAUGACCGUCGACGAGGCGCGCGCGUGGGCCCUCGACGGGCUCGAGCUCCUCCGCGCGAUCCGGAACGACGUCUACUCGCACCUGCCCGACAUCACCCUUGACAACGUUCGGACGCACAUGCCCGACGUACCCCGGUUCGACGACAUGCGCGCACGCAUCCCAGACAUGCCGGACAUGCGCGCGCGCCUCCCGGACCUCGACUUCUCCGACAUGCGCGCCCGGCUCGACGACGUCCGCGCGCGCAUCUCGGACAUCGACUUCCACCGCCCGCUCGACUAUGUGAACACGCUCUCCGACCACCUGCAGUCGCUCCAAGCCCACCUGUCCUCCAUAGAGUUCCCGCACCGCCUAGACCUCUCGCUGCUCUCGCCCACCAGCGCGCUGUCCGGCAUGUACGACAAGGUUGCGUCCUCGGACUUUGUCGCCGAGCUCUCUUCCGACAUACGGGAGGGAGAGCGGAUAGCCUGCGAGAUUGCGCGCGCGGCAAAGCAGUCGCUCAAUGGAUCACGCCUUAUACAGUACGCCGAUCUGCCUUACCAGUGGCGUAACAACCCGUUUGUUAAGCAUGGCUACCGUUUCAUCCCUCUAUCAGAAUGGCCCCGGCUCCUGCUGUCCCUGUUCGCAUUGCACAAUGAAACUCUGAAUAUCCACACGCAUUUGAUACCCUUUGUAGCAUGGCUCGUCGCGCUCUUCCCCUUCUCCCCAUUCUCGUCCACCGCGUCCGAACCCGACACGCCGAUGCUCGCAUUCACCGCCUUCGCUCUGCUCUGCCUCUUCACGAGCGCCCUCUGGCACACGAUGGCGGGCUGCGCGCAUCCCAAGGGGAUGGAGCUGUGCGCGCGGAUCGACUAUGUCGGCAUUGGCUGGUUGAUCAGUGCAUCCGUCGGUACGGUCGCGCACUAUGGGUUCCAGUGCGAAACCACGACCCACGAUAUCUUCCUCUCGUUGUGCCUGGUUAUGGGCAUAUCGGGGAGCAUCUUGCCGUUCAUGGACUGGUUCAACCAGUACGAGUACAGGAACUUCCGCAUCGCGUUCUUCCUCGCUCUCGCCUUCACGAGCGUCGCGCCUCUCGCCACCCUCGCCUACCUCCACUCCGCCUCGGAGAUGUCCGCCUUCAUCCGCCCGGUGACGCCGUCACUGCUCUCGUACGUCGCGGGGCUCGUCUUCUACGCGACGCACUUCCCCGAGUGCUACCUCUCCUCGCGCUGGGCGUACUCCCACGUGCUCGACCGCAUCGGCGGCGGCUCGCACGCGAUCUGGCACGUCUUCAUCGUCCUCGCGAUCAGCCAGCACAAGGCCGCCAUGCCCCACCUCAAGCGCGGCAUCGGCGAGCUCUGCUGGUAAGCGCCGGGCGCGAGCUGACUGCGCAGGAGUCUUCUUGGUUGGAUUAUAUAGUAUGUCAGGCUCCUAAUACCAUCCGUCCAUAGUGUUCUCGCUCGUACAUGUCGAUAGGGGAUUACAGGCUUCAUCCGAAUAUAGACAUUAGACGCUUGAUCACAGAAAGUCA